AUGGGGCGAGAUCACGAGGUUGAAACGGGAGCAGCUAAUGACUGCAUUCAUCAUGCUCAUGCUACUUUCCCACCUUCUCCUUCUUCUGCAGAGCUUUCCGUGGGAUUGCGCAACGUUCGAGUCACGAUACCGACGGCCGUCCGGAGAGGCGACUCGGCUCAGCUGUACUGCGACUACGAGCUCGAGGACAACGAACGGCUCUACUCGAUCAAGUGGUACAAGGGUAAGCGAGAGUUCUUUCGCUACACGCCCCAGGUGCAUCCUUCGGUGCAGGUGUUCAGCGCCGCCAGUGGCAUCGAUGUUGAGCGGUCACUUUCCAACGAAAGCCAAGUGGUUAUGCGGGCGGUCGAGACGAACUACUCGGGAAAGUAUAGAUGCGAAGUGUCCGCCGAUGCGCCCUCCUUCCACACGAUCAUCGUCUCCGGGGACAUGGAAGUGGUCGAUCCACCCAUCGAGCAGCCGGCGGUGACAGGACUUCAGGCGCGCUACCGACCGGGCGACAUCCUGCGGGCGAACUGCACCUCGCAUAAUUCUAAACCGGCAGCAAAUUUGACGUGGACGAUUAAUGAUGUACCGAUUCCUCCACAGUACGUCCAGCUCUUCCGACCGAUAAAAGACGCCUACACCGGGCUGGAGACAUCAAUCCUCGGCGUGAACAUUAUGGUCGCCCUCGACCACUUCGUGCAGGGUAAACUGAAGCUGCGGUGUGCGGCAUCGAUACACCAAAUCUACCACGAGGUCGUCGAGCACUUCAUUCCGGAAGACCGGCCCCGGAUAUUGGCGACGGGCGUAUCGGCCAGCGGGCACAGCAUCAACCUCUACCAGGGCUCGGUGCACGAGAGCGAGCUGACGGAUCAGUCCGACUCCUACCUGACGGUGAACGGCUACAAAGCGGAUAAAUCGUCACCCCUGUCGUCUUCCUCCGGUGGCCUGCAGAUCGACUCGUACGUCAAGGUGUGCUGGGUAACGUUCUACAUCUGCAUCAUCUGCACCGUGAUGGUCUACUCGAUACGCUACCUGAUGGUUACCUGACCCCAGCAGCGGGAGGCGAAGAGUGGUUCCGCCUCGGCGAACGUGUCCAUGGCCGAGGCAACCACGCUGGAGCUGGAUCCGCUUUCCGCCAGCUAUCCGGUUCCACCGCCUCCGGCUGCCACCAUCUCGUCCGCGGCCCUCACCAACGUCGACAGCUGCGUCCUGUUCGUUCCGAGGUGAUGCAAUACGCUGCGAAUUGGCAUACCGCAGCCGUUCCGCGCUUGGCUGAAUGCACCCGGUGUCAGCACGAUGCCGGGACAAUCGAUUCCGUCCGGCAAUCGGGCCGGGAAAACCAAACGCUCGCCGAAGCAGGCAUAAAUGUGCAGGCGCAAGCAAGCGCGAGCAAACAAAAAUCAAAUACUUAAACAUGUUGCUGUCAUCGUAAUCGUAUCGUCGUGAAUGACACCUACCCAGCGUAAGCGAAUGUUUUGGUUUGUUCUCCAACGUAUACAUUUUGUUUUAUUUAUUUACGUUUUCGUUAAACGAGAGCUACCGGGCGCCUCCAUCGGCAUGCGAAAAACUACGUUGCAAGAAACGGGAAAUCGGAGGCUUGUCAAAGCUCCCGAGGAAAAAACUUUCAAGUGGUAAAAAACAGUUUGUUACACAACGGCUAUGCUAGUGCUCCACUCACUCUAAGGUAACUCGUGUAAAUAUCGAAUUUUAUCUCAACGUGUAAAUAAAAAUAUGACCGUUUCCCCCAACCAACUUUUCCUCCUCCUAUCCCCGCUCUUUCCGAGCAAUUUCGCGAAAACCAACUGUCCAGAUUCAAACCGAAAGAAUUUUAAUGUACUGUUACCGACCGUGAGCAACCGGCAGCCGAUCCAAAUCCAUCGAAACGGUAGAUAUAACCUUAAGAAAGUAAUUCCGCCUCCACUUACUGGCAGUAAGAACAUUUUGCAGCAAGCUAGUGGUUCUAGUGAUCGCGAACAAUGUCGAAUAACAAACAAAAAAUGAAACAGGUUAACCUAGCUAAUAAAUAAAUGCAAUUUAAAGAAACCCCGGAAAAUAAAAUCAAACUGUAAAUAGUUGACAGCAAAGGUAGCAAAUAAAGGAAUAAAAACCAAACGCCCCUCGGUGGUGUAAUCAUCCGCCA